UUCUAAUCAUGCCAGACUCCAUCACACCCCACAUUCUCUUUUAUUCUUAACUGCUCUGCCUCUCUCCUGAGCUGUACUGACACUCAUCAAAGCACCCAAGAAGAAAAUGGCUGUCAGUAAAGACCCUGUGUUAGGAUUUUUCAUCAUGGCUGUCCUGAUGAACCCUCAGGAAUCCUGGGCUAUCAAAGAGGAACAUGUGAUCAUCCAGGCCGAGUUCUAUCUGGCUCCUGACCAAUCAGGAGAGUUUAUGUUCGACUUUGAUGGUGAUGAGAUUUUCCAUGUGGAUAUGGAAAAGAAAGAAACAGUCUGGCGGCUUGAAGAAUUUGGACAGUUUGCCAGCUUUGAGGCUCAGGGUGCAUUGGCCAACAUAGCUGUGGACAAAGCCAACCUGGAGAUCAUGAUAAAGCGCUCCAACAGCACCCCAGAUACCAACGUGCCGCCAGAGGUAACUGUGCUCACGAACAGCCCUGCGGAACUGGGAGAGCCCAACGUCCUCAUCUGUUUCAUUGACAAGUUCUCCCCGCCGGUGGUCAAUGUCACGUGGCUUCGAAAUGGAAAACCCGUCACCACAGGGGUGUCAGAGACAGUCUUCCUGCCCAGGGAAGACCACCUUUUCCGCAAGUUCCACUAUCUGCCCUUCCUGCCCUCAGCCGAGGACGUCUAUGACUGCAGAGUGGAGCACUGGGGUUUGGAUGAGCCUCUUUUCAAGCACUGGGAGUUUGAUGCACCAACUCCACUCCCCGAGACUACAGAGAAUGUGGUGUGUGCCCUGGGCCUGGUUGUGGGUCUGGUGGGCAUCAUUGCUGGCACCGUCUUCAUCAUCAAGGGUGUGCACAAGAGCAACGCUGCGGAACGCCGGGGCCCUCUGUGAGGCAUGUGGAGGCAGGACAUCAAUUCAGAAGCUUUUACAGAGCCUGGCUCCCUUGGUGUUAGGGUAGUUUGACCGCACAAAAUGGAAAUCUCUUGGAGGUCAGGUGACCAAGUGCAAUCAGAAACUCUAAGAAAAAGGUAAAGUGUGGCUGCCUAUCCAUGUUCAGGUGGAGAGAAGGGCAUGCACUUCAUGUUAGAAAACUCAGAUUAAUAUUAAAAGACUUUUCUAAAGUCAAAUGAUUAAGAGAGAGAGGAUGGAAUUUGAAGGAAAGAGCUCAAAAGACUCAUCUUAAACUCUUUACUAUGUGUGUCCUG